UAAGGUUCAAAUCCUAUUGAGAUUAAUUUUUAAAAGUUGUGAAUUUUUGAAACCUGCGGAAAAAGAACAGCAUGCUAGAUUCUGCAACUUCCUAUGUUUCUGACUCUUUACUUGAGGAUGUUCCUCACUUGUCUGAUUACAUCCCUGAUCUUCCUACAUAUCCUGACCCAUUACAAGAUAAUCCUUCUUAUGCAGUUGUCAAACAGUAUUAUGUGAAUCAAGAUGAUACCGUUGCGCAACAGAUAGUUGUUCAUAAAAAUAGUUCAAGAGGGACACUUUUUCGACGCGCUGGACCUGCUCAGAAGGUAUAUUUUGAUUCAAAGGAAGUGUAUGCUUGUAUUGUUACAUGUGGUGGUCUUUGUCCUGGUUUGAAUACAGUGAUUAGAGAAUUAGUUUGUGGAUUAUACCAUAUGUAUGGAGUGCACAAAGUUUUGGGAAUUGAGGGUGGAUAUAGAGGUUUUUACUCGAGAAAUACAAUUCCUUUAACACCAAAGAUUGUCAACGAUAUCCACAAACGCGGUGGAACCAUUUUGAAGACAUCGUAUGGAGGACAUGAUACCUCAAAGAUUGUCGACAGUAUUCAGGAUCGAGGCAUUAAUCAGGUUUAUAUACUCGGAGGAUUCGGAACUCAAAACGAAGCAGCUAUGAUUUUUGAGGAAAUUAGAAGACGAGGAUUGAAAGUUGCAGUGGUUGGAAUUCCGAAAACUAUUGAUAAUGAUAUUCCUGUUAUUGACAAGUCAAUUGGUUUUGACACUGCUGUUGAAGAGGCACAAAGAGCUAUUAAUUCUGCUCAUGUUGAAGCAGAGAGUGCUGAGAAUGGUAUUGGUGUUGUGAAGUUAAUGGGGCAUUGCAGUGGAUUUAUAGCCAUGUAUGCAACUUUUGCAAGCCGGGAUGUGGACUGUUGUUUGAUUCCGGAAUCACCAUUUUACCUUGAGGGACCAGGUGGAGUAUUGGAGUUCAUUGAGAAAAGACUGAGAGAACAAGGACACAUGGUUAUAGUAAUAGCGGAAGGUGCAGGUCAGGAGCUAAUUCUUCCUAGUGACAAAUCUAAUAAGAAUAGGCCAGAUGCUGCUUCAGAUGACUUGUUUCAUGAUGUUAGUCUUUGGUUAUCUCUGAAAAUUAAGGAUCACUUUGCAAGAAGUAAAAAAAUGGCUAUAAAUUUGAAGUACAUUGAUCCUACUUACAUGAUUCGUGCUAUUCCAAGUAAUGCGUCUGAUAAUGUGUUUUGCACCUUACUUGCUCAAAGUGCCAUUCAUGGCGCAAUGGCUGGAUACACAGGCUUCACAGUUGGCCCAGUUAAUGGCCGAAACUGUUACAUUCCAUUUCAUGCAAGUUAUUGUGACUCUUUGAUAUCACAUCCGCAUAGUUUUAGUAAUCACAGUGAAACACAUGCAAUCGAACAGCUAAGCUUAAGCUUCAAAUUGUAGCUUUUCACAUGCCACCACAUUGUGUCUGUUAAGACUACCAGUGAGUUUGACGAAAUAGCAGAUACUCCCUUUACUUCGACCGAACAAACAACAUAUUUGACACCUUUUUUCUGCACUAUGCUUUGUUUUUGCUUUGUAUAGGACAUUUUAUCAGUGUUAUAUCAUUAGUUUAUCAUAAGUGAAAAUGUUAUUUUGUAUGUGCAGCUUAUAAAUGAGGGGCAGAAGAGGGUUGUGAUAACAGACAGGAUGUGGGCAAGGUUACUGUCCUCCACCCAUCAGCCCAGUUUUGUGAAUCCUCUACAUAUCACAGAAGAAGCAAAAGCAGAAUGAACAGAACACAUCAGAAGUAGAAGAAAGUGUGUUAAGUCAUAGUUAUGAAUUAUAAUAAUGCCUUUAAAAUUAAUUUAAUGCUUGUAACAACAAAUUACAUAAUUGACACAAGACAAACAAAACUAUAGUAUAUCUAUAUUUACAAACUUCUGAAAGUGUCAAAUUGUACAUCUUACAAAACAAAGAGAUCUGCACAAUUUUAGCAGCUUGUUUUAAUUGUAUUUAUCUACUGAAUACUACAUUAAUAAACUCCUUCAGAUUCUUGCA